AUGUUGAAGACAUCCAUGAAGUUUGCAACUCAAAUUUUGAAGGUAGACCCUGCGGCGAUUCAUUUCUCGGACACUGCUCACAUCGAUGGGUCAUUGCCAACUUUCAGCUGUCCUGAGACAGAGAAAAAUUUACUCAAAGCUGCCAGUAUUAUACGAGACAGCUCUGAAACUGUUGCUUUUCCAACAGAAACCGUCUAUGGUCUUGGUGGCUCCUCUUUAAAUGAUGAAUCCGUUCGCAACAUUUAUAAAGCCAAGAACAGGCCUAGCGAUAACCCUUUAAUCACCCAUAUAUCAUCACUAUCCCAGCUAAAUCGUAAAAUCUACUCUGAAAAUACUGGUGACUCGAAACCGUUUACAAACAUCCCUGAUAUAUACCACCCUUUAAUUGAAAAGCUAUGGCCAGGACCUCUUACGAUUCUAUUGCCUAUUCCAAAAGGGCAAAACACCUUAUCAGAAUUAACCACAGCCAACCAACCAACCUUUGCAUGCCGUAUUCCAGCCAAUCCAGUCGCUAGAGCAUUAAUAUCCUUGAGUGAUACCCCAAUUGCCGCACCUUCUGCAAACGCAUCUACUAGACCUUCACCAACAACUGCACAACAUGUAUACCAUGACUUGCAAGGAAGGAUUCCCUUGAUUUUGGAUGGCGGAAAGUGCUCCGUUGGAGUGGAAUCCACUGUUAUAGAUGGAUUAGUCACACCUCCAAUGCUAUUAAGACCAGGUGGACUUACAUAUGAAGAUAUUCUAAGAAUUGGCGGAGACUCAUGGAAGGAUUGUUUGGUAGAGUCAAAAAUCAGUGUUAAGGACAAUGAAAAAGUGAAAACUCCUGGAAUGAAAUACCGUCAUUAUUCCCCAAAGGCCAAGGUGAUACUACUAGUCCCCAAUGACAGCGCCAAGGAAAUUUCUCAAGAGAGAAUAGAAAUACUAAGAAGCACUAUUGCUAACGAAGUACAGAAAGAAGGCUCACACAAAGUUGCUUUCUUAAGUAGCCGAUACCUCACUGGGUCUUCACUUGGCAUUAAUUGCAUACACGAGUCGUUAGGAACCUCGGGGAAAGAAAUACAAGCAAAUCUUUUUGCCUUAUUACGGAAAGUAGAUGAGGAAGAUAACGCGGAUCUUAUCAUUGUCGAAGGGACUGAAGCUAACGACGAGGGACUAGCCAUCAUGAAUAGACUCAGAAAAGCAGCUAGUAACAAUACUAUAGAGUUUUAA